AUGCUGCACGGCCGCGUCGAGCUCUCGGGCCGGAGCCGCGUCGUGGAGACUGGCCUGGACGACGGCAUCGAUGCUUUCCUCCGCUCGCCGCGGUCCGAUGUGACGCUGCUACACCCGGCGUCAGCCACGCCGAUGGAAGGCGGCGGCUUUGCCUGCGAGCUCGAGCCGCUAAGCUUCUUCUCCCUCACGGUUCAGCCUCUGCUGGAGAUGGUGGUCGAGCGGAGCGACGCGCGCUCGCUCACCGUGCGGAUCAUUCGCGGCCGCGUGCGUGUUGGCGAGCGGAUAAGCGAGAGCGUGCGGAUCGAGGGCGAGAACGUGCUCCGCUGGGGCGAGGAGUCUGGAGCGUGGCAGCUCGAGUCCGACAUCUCGCUGCAGCUGUCCCUCCGCUCGCCAGAGCUGCCCUCGCUUGCACGCCGCGUGUGGAUCUCCUCGGGCAACGCGAUUGUCUCCUCGGCGGCGGGGCGCAGCGGGCGCAAGCUGCUUCGGGAGGUCGUUGUGCGGGCGGCAGGCGCGCGCGCCAAGGGCUGCCGACAUAAAGCGCUCGAGUCCUCGGAGCAGCGCAUCGCCGCGGAGGAAGCGCAUCGCCGGAGUUAA